AUGGGUGUCUUUGAAGAGGAGUUAGAAUUCUUUGGUUUUGGGCCGAGUGAGUUCUAUAAAGAGGUUUAUGAGAUGGUUUGUCGCGUGAUAGAAAGGUCCUUGCCGGUUAGUAAAGGUAUGGGUGGUCAGAUAGAUAGGGCAGAAGCAUCUGUAGAACGAAAUAUGUUGAUUUUUGAACGAUUUACAUUACGAAAUAUCUUUGGAUUUCCCGAAGGGUUUAUCUUAGAACGUCGACUAGUUGAGACUGAAGUUGCUACAGCUGAACAAGUAAAAUCACGAGUUUUAGGUUUAGCAGCUCUACUAGCUGAAUGGCGAGCGAUUAAAGAGAGUUUAAUGGGGAAGACUGUAGCUAAACAAGAGUUAAAACAAAGAGUGGCCGAAGUAGAACAACUACCCAGUACUGAAGAGAUUAUUACUGGACUAGAAGAAGUAAGAGUACUAGCUCAGAAGGCACGAGAGUUAAAGAGAAAAGGUGUAAGUAGUCUGAGUCGAAGUGCUCCAGAGAAACGACUUUUAGAAGAAGAGAUCAGAAGAAGAGAGUGUGAGGAUUUAGAGAGUAGAGUACCAUUAUCUAUUCUAGGACAGUUGGAUCGAGUACUAAGCAAUAAAUUGUAA